AUGGCGGCACAAUCCGCGCUACGGCGUGACCUGCUGCCCGCCGCCGCCCUGCUCGCCGCCGCGGGCGCCCCCGCCGCGCUCGCGGCGGAGGCGCCACCCCUCGACGGCCGCCGGGCGCCCUCGCCCGCCGUGGGCCCGGCGCGGCGGCCCGAGCCGCUGGCGCCGGGCGCGCCGACGGUGAAGACACCCUCGGGGCUGAAGUACACCGACGUCACCAUCGGGCAGGGCGACCCCCCGCCCGCGGGAGCCCAAGUCACGAUCGACUACGUGAUGGCGGCGGCCGCUGGGCGAUUCGGGUUCUCUGUCAUCGACAGGACGAAGGACCACGAGGGGCCGUUCACGUUCAAGCUGGACGACCCCUCGAUCAUCGCUGGCCUACAGGAAGGCGUGUCCACCAUGCGUGCCGGCGGAGUGAGGCGGCUGUAA